AUGAGCCAUUAUUGGAACACAUGUAGUAUCCUUGCCAGCAAUCGGGAUGAAUUUUUAGACAGACCCACACAGGAAGCUCAUUUUCACUCCUUUGAGAAUCAUGCUCCCAAUCCAGAGAGCCCAGGCAACAUCCUAUCCGGUCGGGACGAAAAGGCUGGAGGAACUUGGUUAGGCAUUAACCGAGCUGGGAGGGUUGCGCUACUGACGAACAUAACCGAACCUGCGAAGAAAUUUGAUUCUUCGAGGGGGGAGCUGACCUCAUCUUUUCUCUUGUCGGAUUCCGCCCAUCCCUUGCAGGACGAGGUAGGAAAGAUUGUUUCGCCAAACGCAGUGUUUGCUGGGUUCAAUUUACUUCUUUUAUCUCCUGCAUUGCGACCCGACGGAAAAUUAAGUUAUGACUCUCUGUUGGUCACAAAUCAUGGCUCGGGUGGAACAAUCACGUCCCGCUUCCUCUCCACGCAAGAGCGUUCCUGUGGGGGUGUCUCAAAUGGCGUUGAUGGCGCCGGAGGUAACGACUGGCCCAAAAUAAAUCACGCCAGUCACGACCUGGGCGCUAUUCUGCGUCCUUCUUCAACAAAGGAAUGGACUGAGACGAACAUCACGGACCAUCUAUUCGAAGUCCUUGCAUGGCGCUCGCCAGAACCUAUCACAGACCGCUCUCAACUGCGAAAUACUGUCCACGUCGCGGCUAUUCCGAUUACGAUUGAAGGCUCGACCGAAUAUGUGAAACCAGCAUUCUACGGAACGCGCUCAUCGACAGUUCUUUUGGUGCGUAGAGAUGGAGUGGUCCUUUUCAUCGAGAGGGAUGUAUGGAAACUUGUAGAUGGAAAAGCGGUCAAGCUAGAACCGCCCACCGAGCGGAGGUUCCGCUUUAAUAUCAACGUUUAG